GUCAUAUGGCAGCCAGAUGUCACAAAGGGGGCUCUGCCUGCCCCAUGAUGUCAUAAAAGGGGCCCUGCCUGCCCCAUGAUGUCACAAAGGGCUAUAAUGGGCCAUGGGACACGGGGCACUGCAGGUGGGCACCACCUCGGCCUCUGCCGCCCCAGCAGUGUUGGGAUCCCAUCACUGGGACCCCGUAGGUCACUGGGGAAGCUCGUCCCCAGCCUGUGCUGGUGACCUGGAGUGGCAGGGAUGGUGCCAUGAGGUCCCUCGACAUGUUCACCAUGGGGGAGCUGGUUGCAGUCAUGAUCCUGGUGCUGCAGCUCAUCCUGGUCGCUGUCGUGCUGCGGGACAAGCGUCUCUGGAGGAUCCUGCAGAACUGGAGGUGUCCAAGGGCAGCGAGAGCCCAGGCGGAGGAGCAGAGCAGCGUGGACAGGGCGCAGGAAUCGGCAGACACGUCCCCUGGCAGCUCCCGACGAAGUUCCAUGUGCUACAGGAAGCAUUUCCCGAGGUUCAUCCGGAGCUCCCAGGAUACCCAGGCACUGUUUGAGGAGCAGCACAGCGAGCUGGAGGCACAGCUGGCCCAGUGGCAAUGGGAACAGGGGCCCUUCCCGGAGCUCCAGGAUGAGGGGCCAGAGGAGCUGCCGGGACUGCUGGGGGGUGGGAAUUCACCCCAGCACCUCCGAGUGCAGAGGCCAGACACAGCCAGUGGAAGGGAGGAGGACAAUGACAGAGACAGUGGAAGGGAGGAGGACAAUGACAGAGACAGUGGAAGGGAGGAGGACAAUGAGGCCACGGGACGACACAGCAGCAGCCCCCCGGAGCUGGAAAGCAGCAGCUCCACAGCCAUGGCCUGGUUCCUCCCCAGGGAAGUGGUGAUCACCAACUCCCUGGAGGCCGACAGCAGCAGCAGCAGCAGCAGCAGCAGCAGCCUCCUGGAGCUGGCCCGCAGCAUCCCCACGCCUGACCCGUGGUGGGGCCCAGCCAAGGCCCCCCCCCGGCAGCGGGUGCCCCCGGGCAGGGCCCAUGGCCGGGCACCACGGGCCUUCCUGGGCAAGCUCCGUGCCCGCCUGAGGGGAUUCCUGGGACCCUGGUGA